AUGUAUUCUAAAAUCGUUGAAAACAAACUGAAUGGAAGAAUAGGAUGCUACUAUAUUGGUUUUGUCUUGAGCAGAGAUGAUAAGAUACAAAAGAUUCGACUUUUUUGUAAAGUUGUGGAUGGAUUUCGAGUUUUUGGGUUUGGUGGAAAAGGUUUAAAUUUAAAUAAUACUUUACAGGAAGCUGGUAUCGAUGGCUCAGGUUUUAUAUAUGCUUACUCUGAUCCAGAUCCCAAUGUUGAAUUAACGUCAAAGAUGUGUAUUCUUGUGAGGUGUAAUGUUGCCAACGAUGUUUACUUUAUGAUGAGUAAAACAACUCCCAUGCACAAAAUGAUGGAUGCUUAUUGUCAAAGAUUGGGAUUUCCUUCAAAGGAGGAAGUAAAAUUGGGAUAUCUGUCCCAUGGAAUAAGGCAUGUGUUUCAAAUUGGAGAGCGAACCAUUCUUGGAGAAGACACUCCUGAGGUGCUUCAAUUGUGUGAUGGAGACACUAUUGAUUUUUAUCCAUUUUGUCAAUUUUAG